AUGUCAGCUGAUGAAGAUAUGCCCUUGCACUGCGGAGGAGCAUCGCAAACAAGAAACGAUGUUGCUGAAAAAAAGCGCCAGAGAGAGGCUGGUUUACAAAGGUGGAGGGAAAAGAAGUCUAAAUUGUCCGCUGCAGCUUCCAAUUCUUCGACGAGUGUUCGUCGUCCCGUAACGCGUUCAGUUUUUGUCUUAUCAGACAUGAAUGUGCCGUUGCACGUUAGUGGAGUAGCCCAGAACACGCCGGUACUUCCUGCACGCCGCCGUGAAAGAGAAACUGCUCUACAGAGGUGGGUGGCUAAGAAAUCACGGAGGUCAGGUGCGGAUGACGUAUCUUCAACAAGUGCACCCGACUUGUUAGCCUCAACGAGCUUCUUGGCUGAACCUGUUGGGCUACAUCAAUGUACACGAGAAACCACCUGCGGAGAUCCUGCCAUUGGUGCAGUAGAAUCAGAAUGUGAAUACCCGAAAAUUUGUGUUGGUGCGAAGCAUCCGGAAACAUCUGAUGAGCAGCCCUGUGUUCACAAGCAAUCCAUACUGUCACGCACAUGUGACUAUCCCAUUCCCAACGUUUUAUAUGGCACUGCUGGUGAUGGGGACGUUUCCGCACACCGUGGUAGCGUGCAUGAUCCCAGUUCAACAAGUCAUGGCGAUGAUAGGAAAAAGGGUGCCUUCUUUGUUGAUGGACCGGGGGGUACUGGUAAAUCCUUUCUUUAUAGGGCCUUGCUUGCAAUUGUGCGUUCAAAAGGUGGUAUUGCUCUUGCCACUGCAACAUCUGGUAUUGCUGCGUCCAUAUUACCAGGGGGUAGGACGGCGCAUUCUAGGUUCAAAAUCCCUAUUGAUUUGUCGGAUAUCAAGUCUUGUAGGAUUAGUAAACAGAGUAUCUUGGGUGCCUUGAUUCGGGAUAGUAGGCUAAUUGUUUGGGAUGAAGCACCCAUGGCUAAAAGGGAUACCAUUGAGGAACUAGAUUUGGCUCUUCAAGACCUUUGUGGGUCUGCAGAAAUUUUCGGUGGUAAGGUGAUAGUCUUCGGUGGUGAUUUUAGACAGGUGCUUCCGGUUGUCCGUAGGGGCAGUAGGAAAGAAACUGUUGAUGCUUGCCUCACUAGCUCAGACCUAUGGCCUCAACUUAAAAAAAUAAAAUUGACAGAGAAUAUGAGAGCGCGUUUAGAUCCUUGGUUUACUGAAAUGCUACUCAAAAUAGGCAAUGGGCAGGAAACAACGUUUGAAGAUGAUCUUAUAAAGAUACCUGCUUCUCUAGCCCUUGCCGACCCAGUUUCCGAGGAGUCACUGGAUGAACUCAUAACAACAAUAUACCCAAAUUUAGCAAGUUUAACCGAGAUGAACCUCUCCAUGAAUCGAGCCAUUCUAACAACAAAGAACUGUUUUGUUGAUGAGGUCAAUAAGAAGCUUAUUAACGAGUUCCCCGGUGAUUUGGUCGAGUACUUGAGUUUUGAUAGAGUUGAAAAUCCUUCUCAUGAAGCUGAAUAUGGUGACAUCAUCAACUCGCUUACACCAAGUGGUCUUCCAGAGCAUAGGCUGAGCCUAAAGGAAAAUGCACCGGUCAUACUGCUACGCAAUCUAGACCCUACCGAGGGAUUAUCCCGUAAAGGAAAACAACAGAGGGAGAAGGGGUUGCUGUGA